UAUCCUUUAAGAUAAGAACCCUUCAUACAUUAACAAAAUUGCAUUUCCUUUCUCAUUCAUCAAUCAAUCAUACACAGCAGCACAACAACUCAGUAAUCUAAAUCAUGGCUUCUGUGUGUGCUUCCUCUGCCAUUGCAGCUGUUGCCAUCUCCACCCCAAGUUCCCAGAAGAAUGGAUCACCCUUGGGAACCACAAAAGCUUCUUUUCUUAGUGGGAGGAAACUGAAGGUGAACAACUUUACAGCACCAGUUGGAGGAAGAUCCACCACUACUGUGUGUGUAGCAGCUGAUCCUGACAGGCCACUGUGGUUCCCAGGAAGCACCCCUCCUCCAUGGCUUGAUGGCAGUCUUCCUGGAGAUUUUGGAUUUGAUCCUCUAGGUCUUGGAUCUGAUCCUGAGAGCCUGAGAUGGAAUGUUCAAGCUGAGCUUGUUCACUGCAGAUGGGCAAUGUUAGGUGCUGCUGGCAUUUUCAUCCCAGAAUUCCUAACAAAGAUUGGUAUCCUUAACACCCCUUCAUGGUACACUGCUGGAGAGCAGCAAUAUUUCACAGACACUACAACUCUCUUCAUUGUUGAGCUCAUUUUCAUUGGUUGGGCUGAGGGUAGAAGGUGGGCUGAUAUCAUCAAGCCAGGGUGUGUCAACACUGACCCUAUCUUUCCCAACAACAAGCUCACAGGAACUGAUGUUGGGUACCCAGGUGGGCUUUGGUUUGACCCACUUGGCUGGGGAAGUGGUUCUCCUGAGAAGAUCAAAGAGUUGAGAACAAAGGAGAUCAAGAAUGGGAGAUUGGCCAUGUUGGCUGUGAUGGGUGCAUGGUUCCAGCACAUAUACACUGGCACUGGUCCUAUUGACAACCUCUUUGCUCACCUUGCAGAUCCUGGUCAUGCUACUAUUUUUAAAGCUUUCACUCCAAAGUGAGGAGGGGUUAGAAUAACUCUUAUAAGAUUGCAAGCCUUGGAGAAACAUUGGUGAACCUCUUUUACUAUGUAGUAAGGCUUAAAUGUUUUUAGGGAGGAGUGUUUAUGUUGGUGAAAGCUUGUAAAAUGGCCACUUCUAUGUCAUGCACAGUUUUAUGAUUCAAUGUACAAAUACCGGUUUAAGUUUA